GAAACAUACAAAAUUACUUUCUCCACAAAAGCUUUUUUUCCUCUUGGAAAAGUUCAUUCUGGGCUUAGAGGGGUGCUGCGUGCCGUUUAAUUUGCUAAAAAGACCAGAGGAAUAAUUAGCAGUGAGAUUAGAAGGACUCUUCUCGGCGAAAAGGAAUUGGGAGGGAGUUGGAGCUGUGUUGCAUUGGCUUUUACCCCCAGUGUGGAGUUGAAGCCGUCCCUGUGCCUCGCAUAUACUCUGCAUAUCACAAGAUUUGGUCUCUCCUCUCUCUUUUCUGGAGCUGCUGUAGGACUGGCUAUGGCCACCACUACUUCCGGGAUCCGUCAUUUCAUUCGCCCACCGCUCAGCGCUGCGAACUGACUCUGUUUCUAUAAGCAAGCUAGCAGCCAACCUGCCAACACUCGCUGACACUCACUCAUCUCAGUCUCGCCAGAUAGACGAAAUACCUACGGGGGGAAAGAAAGGAAAGAUCCGAAUCGCAAUCUCUUAAUUUCUUCUGCUUUUUUUCCCUUUUUUGCAGCGAUAAUAAAACAAGAUAGCGAUCUGGAGGCAUUAAAGGAGACGCGGACUUGCGGGAUGAAAACGGACUAAAAAGAUUCGUCCUUCUCUUGAACAUCAUCACCAACCGUCAUUCAUUCAUUACCUUGACAACCUCUGGCUUUGAUUGACAGCUGGAGUGGCAAAAAGCCAUGAGACACGACAGUUUAGUUACAUGCAGGUUGUUGAUGGGCCGAUUGUAACCUUCACUUUGGCGCAUUUUUUCUUUUUUUUCGAGGAAAGAGGGAAAACAAGAAAAAUUGCAAAACUCCCUGAUGCUACGAUUUCAACUGAACCACACUGGCGAAUAGGAGAAUUCGCAAAGUUGGUUGAAAAAGGAAUCUUGCCACUAAAUCACUUUCUAACCGGGACUGGGAUAUUAAAUAUACGACAGAUUCAGGAGUUUAUUGGAGCGCAGCCUGAUGGCGCAAAGGUACGAUGAGCUGGCCCAUUACGGUGGGAUGGACGGAGUCCCGGCGUCGAUGUACGGGGACCCGCAUGCUCCCCGGCCGCUUCCCCAGGUCCACCACCUGAACCACGGACCGCCGCUGCACGCCAGCCAGCACUACGGAGCUCACGCUCCCCAUCCAAACGUAAUGCCCACCAGCAUGGGCUCUGCUGUCAACGACGUUUUAAAGAGGGAUAAAGAUCAAAUUUAUGGUCACCCUUUAUUCCCACUGCUCGCACUGGUUUUUGAGAAGUGCGAGUUGGCGACGUGUACUCCGAGGGAGCCCGGCGUAGCAGGCGGCGAUGUCUGCUCCUCAGACUCCUUCAAUGAGGACAUUGCAGUCUUUGCCAAACAGGUCCGAGCAGAAAAACCUUUAUUUUCAUCAAAUCCAGAGUUGGACAAUUUGAUGAUACAAGCCAUACAAGUAUUACGGUUUCAUCUCUUGGAACUAGAAAAGGUGCAUGAGCUCUGCGACAAUUUUUGCCACCGGUACAUCAGUUGUUUGAAAGGAAAAAUGCCAAUAGAUCUAGUUAUCGACGAACGGGAUGGCAGCUCAAAAUCAGAUCACGAAGAACUCUCGGGAUCGUCGACUAACCUUGCAGAUCACAACCCAGCUUCCUGGAGAGACCACGAUGACGCCACCUCCACACACUCGGCCGGCACACCGGGGCCCUCCAGCGGGGGACACGCUUCACAGAGCGGCGACAACAGCAGCGAACAAGGAGAUGGCUUAGACAACAGCGUUGCAUCGCCCGGCACAGGGGAUGACGAUGAUCCAGACAAGGAUAAGAAGAGGCAGAAAAAGCGUGGCAUUUUCCCUAAGGUGGCCACUAACAUCAUGAGGGCGUGGCUGUUCCAGCAUCUCACGCACCCGUACCCAUCUGAAGAGCAGAAGAAGCAGCUAGCCCAAGACACAGGCCUCACCAUCUUACAAGUAAACAACUGGUUUAUUAACGCCAGGAGAAGAAUAGUACAACCCAUGAUUGACCAGUCAAAUCGAGCAGGUUUUCUUCUUGAUCCUUCAGUGAGCCAAGGAGCAGCGUACAGUCCAGAGGGCCAGCCGAUGGGCAGCUUCGUGCUGGACGGUCAGCAACACAUGGGGAUCCGGCCAGCCGGUCUGCCAGGCAUGCCAGGGGAGUACGUACCUCAGAGCGGUCCUAUGGGCAUGAGCAUGGCCCCAUCCACCUACACCAACCCCCACCAGAUGACCUCCCACCCCUCCCAGCUCCGACACGGACCCCCGCUCCACGCGUACCUGCCCGACCAUCCCCACGCCCACCACCCUCACCCUCACCCUCACCACCACCACCACCACCCCCACCACCCUCACCACGCCAUGCUGAUGCACGGAGGACCCUCGUCGCACCCGGGAAUGGCCAUGUCUGCGCAGAGACCCCCUUUGCUCACUCCCAUCGACCCCAGUACUGGAGGACAAGGCCUGGACAUCCAUGCCCAAUAGUAUAAGGGAACUUUGCUACCAAGACAACAGCAGCUACUACAAGACAACACUAAAAGAAGAAAAAAAGGAAAAAGGAAAGCAGCAGCAGCCCACAAUAAAUCCUAUUUUGAGACUAUUUUUAAGAAUAAGAAGCAAACCCUUUUGACCAGAAUUUGACACUAAAGAGACAGAAUUCCAGAUGAGCUGUGAUAAUAUUUUUUUUUUUUUUUUUAAAAAACACUUGUCAAUUUUGUUACUUUCAUCCAAACGGAGGACCAAGCUGACAAGAACACUUUGUAAAGUCUUGGGCUUUUGGUAAAGAUCAACAGAGGAUGCUUUGACGUACACGCGUGUGCGAAAGAAUGGACAGAUGCACACAGGAACACACACUCUCCGCCACACCCUCCCUCUUCCCCCUCCUCCCGCCCCACACACACACGCACACACACACAUGCACCGUCAUCAACACGUUCAGUACACUUUCAUGUGACGCGCUCAAACGCUCCUAAAAAUAAUAUCACUCUGGAUUUUAAAAAAAAAAAAGAAGAAGAAGAAGAAACAACGGAAAGACUCCAAGAGUUAUAACUACUGUAGUAUAAAAAGUAUAGAUAAAUAAGUUAAAACUUGUGCAUUUUUUUUUUUUUUCGAUCACAUGGUUUAUGUUUCCUGAGCUAGUUUUAGAAUUAAAGGUUAACCUUUUCUCUCUCACACUGUGUGUGCUCCUUCCUGGAGGAGAAACUGUCUCGCAGCACAGCACUAUAAAAGAAAAAAAAAAAAAAACAAUAAGAAGAUGGAACAUCUCAAAAAGGCUCCAAACCACAGAGGGCAAUCAGGUCCUGUUCCCCCCAUAAGAACAGGGCAUGAUGGGAAAAGGCUGCUAAAUGACACCGGAUCUCUCCAGAAGAUUCAGUUUGAACAUUUGUCAUGCCCCUCUUUCUCUCUCUCUCUAUCUUUUUUUUUUCUUUCGUUCAUGAAUGAAUGUUGCCCUGUAGGUUUUAAAGGAAAAAAAAUUGUUUGCCCAAGCACUGGAUUGUGUUGGUUUUAUACAUUUUUAUUUUAAUAUUAUUUUAUUUUUUUGUACCCUGGACUCUCAUUGCUAAGAGCCUAUUGAAGGAAGCUUAAUAGUGGAAAAGCAACAUCCUGCGGCGCUUCUUUACCUGCGGAUCAACACUCUUGCCAUAAGGACAAUGCUGACACAAACGUUGAUUCUGUGGCACUGGAGAAGCAUUUGAUGGUUGAUGCACCAAAAAACCUAAAACUAAAAAAACUAAAAAAAAAAAACUAAAAAAAAAAAAAAAGAAAGGAAAAAAAAACUUAAAUUAUGAACUCGAUGCUUUUUUUGGGGGAGGGGUGGGCGGGAAGAAAAAAAAAGCUGAGAGAAUAUUGUAACAAACUUCGUACAGAGUUCAGUCUAUUAAUUGUUUCAUGUUAGAUAUUCUAUGUGUUUACCUCAAUUGAAAAAGAAUGUUUUUGCUAGUUUCAGAUCUGCUGUGGCAUUGAUAUUGUAUGUCCAUGAAUUCCUUCCUUUUUCAGCACGUGUUCCUCACUAGAUGAUAAGAUGCCGUCUCCCUUAAGCUUUGUCAAAAAUACAUUAAAUACUUGUAUGAGGACUGUGACGUAAUGUUUAAAAGGUGUUCAGUCACAAAUGCUGUAAUAAAUAUUUCAUUUUUGAUUUUUGUUA